ACUUCGAGCGGCGGAGCAGCGCACGGGCAGAGCUGCGCGGCACCGCGGGCUGCGUUGUUCAGCACCGCGGACAGAGCGCUUCAGCACCACGGACAGAGGUGGUCGGCACCACGGACAGGGCGGCGCCCCGCCCGGUAUGCGCGCCCCGCGCCCCGCCGCACCUCCGCUCACAACUACUGCCCUGCACUGGCGGCCCCGGCGGCGAUGGAGCCAACGACGGUCCUGAACGAGAGCUCGGCUGCGGUCCCCUGGCUGCCCGCCCGCGCCGGCAACGCCUCGCUGGAGCUGGCGUCUCGACCCCCCGCGCCCACCGCCAUCAACCCCUGGGACGUGAUGCUGUGCGUCUCUGGCACCGCCAUCGCCUGCGAGAACGCCAUCGUGGUGGCUAUCAUCUGCUACUCGCCCACCCUGCGCACCCCCAUGUUUGUGCUCAUCGGGAGCCUGGCCACUGCCGACCUGCUGGCCGGGAUCGGCCUCAUCCUCAACUUUGUUUUCCAGUACGUGAUCCGUUCUGAGACGGUCAGCCUCCUCACCGUGGGUUUCCUCGUUGCCUCCUUCACCGCCUCUGUGAGUAGCUUGCUGGCCAUCACGGUCGACCGUUACCUCUCCCUCUACAAUGCUCUCACCUACUACUCAGAGAGGACGGUGCUGUGUAUCCACACUAUGCUGGUGUGCACCUGGGGAGUCUCCCUCUGCCUGGGGCUGCUGCCAGUCCUGGGCUGGAACUGCCUCCACGACCACGCUGCCUGCAGCGUUGUCAAACCCUUGACCAAGAGCAACGUGACUCUGCUGUCUGCCUCUUUCUUUCUCAUUUUUAUUAUCAUGCUCCAUCUCUACAUUGAAAUCUGUAAAAUAGUUUGCAGACAUGCCCAUCAGAUAGCUCUCCAGCAACAUUUUCUGACUGCAUCACACUAUGUUGCUACCAAAAAGGGAGUGUCUACUCUUGCUAUAAUUCUUGGGACUUUUGGAGCAAGCUGGCUACCUUUUGCCAUCUACUGUGUGGUUGGGGAUCCCAACUACCCUUCCGUGUACACUUAUGCCACGCUUCUACCUGCUACUUACAACUCCAUGAUCAAUCCUAUUAUUUAUGCCUACAGAAACCAAGAAAUUCAGAGGUCCAUGUGGGUUCUCUUCUGUGGCUGCUUUCAGUCUAAAGUGUCCUUUCGCUCCCGGUCCCCUAGCGAUGUCUGAGUGACUUUUCUUUUUGUAGUACUGCACCAAGUGACAACCCACUUAGUGAAUUAUUACAGUGCCUGUUAUAAACUUCAAACUCUGUUGUGAAGUCAUUGAAAACAUGCUUAAAUAUUAGCACUUUAUACAUCUUUGUAUCUUUGAAAGUGUUCAGGGUAUAAACUUCUCAGUUCUGUGGAAAAAAAAAAAUGUGGUUGUAAAUAAAUUUGCACAUCACAUUGGUAAAGUGAAGAUGUUCUGAUACUGCUUAAUUGUAGCACCUUAUUUCUAGCUGCUGAUCUGCCAAAACAGUGUUGCCUUUCUGAAGGGCAGAGAGAAAGAAAGUUGAUUUUUGUGUUAUAUUUGUACCUGUGUAUGUGUUGGGGGGAGGGAAUGUAUGUGUGAAUGUGUGCAAUUCCUUGCUGCAUAAUAUUGAUAAAUUAUAACAUUUUGUAC